ACGUCACCCAUUUGGAAAUUUUGACAAUUGACAGCCCCAUUGACUGAGUUUGAUUUGUCAUGUUAGCGAAUUUAUUGAAUAUUUAGAACCAGAAAACACGUAUCCUUUUCACACUUCUUCGGAAUUAAUGAUUUUUAAAACCUACCACUUGGUGUUAUGACUGUGUUACUAUAAAUACUGGGAGAGUUGCAUUACCAAAUUUGCUAGUCGAAAUGUCUGAUUUCGGGGACUGGUACCGAAAUGUACCGAUUUUUACAAGAUAUUGGUUAUCAUCAACUGUUGGACUGACGCUGUUGGGACGUUUUGGUAUCUUGAAGCCUCACAAUUUAGUUUUGUUCCUAGAGCCCCUAAAACGCUUCCAAAUAUGGAGGCUGGUGACUUCAGCCUUGUAUUACCCUCUCAAUCCAAGCACCGGCUUUCACUAUCUGAUCAAUUUAUAUUUUCUUUAUAAUUACUCAAGGAGGUUGGAAGAGGGUGUUUACGCCGGCAAGCCUGCAGACUAUUUCUUCCUCCUUAUUUUCAACUGGAUUUGUUGCGUCAUCGUGGGAUUGCUUCUUGAAAUGCCCUUAUUGCUAGACCCCAUGAUCCUCUCAGUACUAUACAUUUGGUGUCAGCUUAACAAAGACACGAUUGUGAAUUUCUGGUUUGGAACCCGCUUCAAGGCAAUGUACCUCCCUUGGGUGUUGUUGGCCUUUAACAUGGUCAUAUCAGGGGGUGGUGUCCAAGAACUGAUUGGCAUUUUAAUUGGACACUUGUACUUUUUUCUCAUGUUCAAGUACCCACAAGAACUGGGGGGCCCUGCUUUAAUACAAACCCCCUCCAUUCUAAAGCAAUGGUUCCCGGAUCAAGUGGGCGGUGUACAUGGGUUUGGGGUGCCCCCACAGAGACAACAAAGACCAAAUCAAGAGCCCCGCGGCAGGUUUUUCGGGGGGCAUAACUGGGGCCGAGGCCAUGUCCUUAACGGGAACUAAAUCUGUAAUUGUGGUUCAUUUUAUUAAGUAUAUUUAAUUAAAGAUUUAAUUACUACUACAAUUUAAGUGCUUUUGUUUUAUUAAUGUUUUAAUAAAAUUCUGGAACGUU